CCCGACUGACCCGCGCGCUCCUUCUACAGCCAAGCACGCUUAUGGGGCGUGGCUACAGCCGGAUAUUUCGAACGUGAUUGGUGGAGAGGUUCAGCUGGAGGUAAUGAGGAUCCACCAAUGGGGAGGAGCCUUCGCGGCAUUGGUCCAAUAUAGGAGCUGAAGGCGAGGAGCAUCUCUAUUAUAGAAGUCAGUUACAGGCGAAAAGGAGACAGAAGAGCCGCAGGAGCCCCGGAGUUACUUCUCCUUCUCUGCUUCUGUUUUUUUUUUUAACUAAACGUGACCGCACCUGUGACCCCGAUCACGCAAAGACUUUUCAUCCAAAAUCGUCUGCGUCUGGCAGAGUUCUUCUCCUCUCCGAGGCGUUUCUUUUUAGAAAUCAAACAACACGGAACCGAACGAGGAAGACGGACAACGACCCUCCCUCGCUUCUGCAAUCAUGAUGUCGAUGAACAGCAAACAGCCUUUCAGUAUGCACCCCAUCCUCCACGAACCCAAAUACGCUCCUCUGCACUCCAGCUCAGAGGCCAUCCGCAGGGCCUGCCUGCCCACACCGUCGCUUCAGGGCAACAUCUUCGCCGGCUUUGAUGAGACGUUGCUGCAGAGAGCCGAGGCUCUGGCCGCUGUGGACAUCGUGGCCCAGAAGAGCCACCCGUUCAAGCCAGAUGCGACCUACCACACCAUGACCACCAUGACCAGCAUGACCUGCACCCCGACCUCCUCCUCCGCGCACCUGCACCACCCAUCCGUGCUCACCUCCCACCACCACCCAGGGCACCACCAGCCGGCUCAGGGCCUGGAGGGCGACCUGCUGGACCACCUCACACCAGGCAUCUCCCUCGGAGGCAUGCCCGGCUCGGACGUCUGCUCCACGGCGUCUCACACUGCCCACGCCGCCCACAUGUCGGCCAUCAACCACAUGCAGCAUCACCACCAUCAACAGUCCAUGAACAUGCACCCACACGGGUUGGGGUCCCACAGCUCCCUGGGGACCAGCGGUGGAGAAGCGGAGCCCGAUCCCCGGGAACUGGAGUCAUUCGCCGAGAGGUUCAAACAAAGGCGGAUCAAACUCGGGGUGACCCAGGCGGACGUGGGCGCCGCCCUGGCCAACCUUAAGAUCCCCGGGGUCGGAUGCCUCAGCCAGAGUACCAUCUGCAGGUUCGAGUCUCUGACGCUGUCGCACAACAACAUGGUGGCCCUGAAGCCGAUCCUGGAGGCCUGGCUGGAGGAGGCGGAGCGGGCGCAGAGAGAGAAGAUGUCCAAGCCAGAGAUCUUUAACGGCGGCGACAAAAAGAGGAAACGCACAUCUAUCGCGGCCCCGGAGAAGCGCUCCCUGGAGGCUUAUUUCGCCGUACAGCCGAGGCCCUCGUCGGAGAAGAUCGCCGCAAUCGCAGAGAAACUGGACCUGAAAAAGAACGUGGUCCGGGUAUGGUUUUGCAAUCAGAGGCAAAAGCAGAAACGGAUGAAGUUUUCUGCGACGCACUAAGAGCAGCGGGGGAAACAUACCCCGGUUACAAAAAAAAGACAAAUCAUAGACAUACUGCUGCUGCACACUGUCAGAAGAAAACAACAAGGUACACCGUUGUGCCUUUUGCUACUGGGGGCUGCAGAGCCCUGUAGGUGCGCACUUAAAACAAAAAAAAAAAAAAUAGAUCCAUCUUAACAAGACAUUUAAUCUUUUAUCGAGUAAAGUAGGGUGUGGUUAUUCUUUUUUCCUAAAGAUACAAGUUUUGAUCAAGAAUCAUUGAGUGUUUUUGCUCUCAAGAAUUCCUGAGAUGAAAUUGUAAGAUGCUACACCACCUCAAAUCAUCUGAAUCCGUUAUUUAUUGAGGAAAAAUCGUAUUUUCAGACUAAAUGUCUUGUUAAGACUCUUAACAGUGUUGGCCACAGCCGUGCGUUUUGGCACAAAUUCCAGAUGUGGAAACGAUUUCACAGCAAGUAUUCAACACAGGCAGCAUUUUUUUUUUUUUUUUUUUUUAAAAAGCAGAUGCACAAAAACCCCCUGCUCGUCUCUGGAGUGUUUCAGCGGCAUUUUAGAGGCACUGAGAGGUUUGGAUGUGGGACACCUGAUGAUAUUUUCCACUCAGUAUAACCAGGAACUGUUUUUAAAUCGUUUUUUUUUUUUUUUGGAAGGUUCAGCCUCACGCAGCGACUCAAAAAACAAACCCGGAUUCAACGGUGUACCUGUUAUUCUGACAGUGGAGACGGAGCACCGGGACUGGGAGAAAGACUGAGACCCUGUCCAAAAACUUGAGACUCUCAAACCUUUAUCCUUCUCCACAGAAUAAGCCGACACUCUCUGAGAAACCGGAGAAACUUGAUCACUAUCAGCGGCGGGGAAAAAAAAGAGAAGGAACAAUGCUCUGUCCCAUUCAUUCAUAUGGCAAUUAUUGUACAAAAAAAAUAAGAAUAAUAAUGACGGGAAUCGAGGAGUAUUAUCCUCUUUAGUCGGAAUAGCUUUUUUAUAUUUAUCAUUGUACAUAUCUGUGAAUAUGUUGCACCUCUGUGUGUGGAAAAGCUCAUUGAAAUGUAUUGAAUUGUCGCUGUCUUUUCUCCCGGGUGUUUGUUUCUGUAGGGGGAUUCAAUAGUUUUUUGGGGGGAAGACAUCGGAGACAAAACGAGUAAAAAAAAAAAAAAGAAAAAAAAAGAAGAAGAAGAAGUCGGUCUGUGGCUAAUUUAUGAGGCACAAUAACUACUGUAGUCCAUUGCAUGGUUUACUCGUAAAAAAGGGGGAGACGGGUGUUUUCUGUGCGUGUAUGUCUCCACAAAUAUGAAAAUAACCCCCUCAAGUGAAUGCAUUGCAAUAAGAAGAAACACACACACACACACGCACACACACAAAACACACGCACGAAUACACACAUUCACACGGUAUAGCAGUGUGUCUACCUCAUUACGCAAGUGUUGGCACGUUCAUGGUUACUUAAACACACACACACACAC